AUGCAGCCCGCCUCCACAGACCUUCCAUAUGACUCCCUCGACAAGGCCGCGGCAAUCACGGCGGAAGCGACGGCGAAAACUCCGCCGGGAAUGGCGGUGCAGGGAAGCCCACACUUCAAGAGCCGCACGACGAUUUUCUUCGUGCUUUCCCUCGUGGCCUCAGCCUUGGUGCUGCUAGCGCCAGUGUUCUAUCUCUCCGCCGUCUCCUCCGCCGUACCCGUUAGCCCGAGAUUCAUCUUCUCAUGGCCUCCGACUCAUUCUGCAUCUCCUGCCGCCGGCGACGCGCCUUCUCCGGCUUUACCGGCGGGCGCAACGGAGGGUUUCGUAGGCGGCGGCCACGCGGCGGACGGGCGAGCGGAGUUUCGGACCAUGGUGAUGGGAACAGUCACCAUCGGUGCGUGCACCGGGCAAUUCUCGAUAGAAGCACCGGUCGUUUCGAAAACACUGCUCGCGUGGAACGUCCCGUACGUUCCGAGAAACCUCCACCCUUUUUGUUGUCGCUUACUCCGCACAAGCGACUUACUCCCGUUCCUCCCACUUCCCGCUCCACCCCUUAACGUCCCCUCUUCCCUUCCCUCCCCACAUCCCCAUACCCUCCGCUUGCCUUCCCUCCUUGCGCCUCCGCUGCGCCAACUCCGCUCGUUCCCUUCGGCGGCGCGCCGUCACCCCCAUUUAGCUCCGCCAGGCCAGACCAUAGUGGUGGUCAGCAGCAGGAAGGACAAUAGCGAGGCAUCUAAUAUCGGAGGCAGCGAGCCUUUCGAGGAAGGCUCGCUGGCAGCAUCGGCAGGCAAAAACGAGGGGGGAGUAGACAGAAAAGGCGGAGACACAGGGAGCAUUGCAGAGGGUGAGGGCGGGACAAGAGCAGCAGAAGAUGCAGGAGCAGCAGCAGCAGCAAAAGCAGAAGCAGAAGCAGAGGAAAGCACGUCAGGAGGAGAUACGCUGGUGGAUGCGCAGCGUAAGGGAAGCACGGAACCUGAGGGUGAUACCGAAGUUAAAAUUCCUACCGCUGAGCCUCUGUCAACGGGGCCUACUGCCCUACCUCCCCUCCUCAACAUCACAGACCGCAUUCCCGGCUCUCGGCUGAUCACGAAGCGCCAGGUAGACGCCUUCCGCGCGCGGUGGCGGUGCAUCAGCGAGUCAGGACGCUGGGAGACGGACGAGACGCCUCGUCCCCUCCCCUGGGCUCUUCCGAACUACACGUUCGGGGGCUGUGAUGUGGUUUUCACCAGGCGCCGCAAGGCGCAUCUUGCUGGUGAGCUUGCCGAUGCUGUGGCUCUGGGUCGGAACAUGCAGGAUCGGUGGGUGGUUCGGGGAUCGCUGAUGUAUGACUGGAGGGUGGACGAGGGGCGGUGCGGUGGAGGGUUGAGGGAAUUCGAGAGUGGGAGGAUGUGCGAGGUGGUGGGAGGCGGAGGGAAGAACAUUGCGUUUAUAGGUGACUCGUUAACAGGACAGAUGCACACCUCGUUCUUCAAUCACAUGCGCAUGGCCCAGCGGAAUCCAUCAGAAAGCAACACCAAUGGCGACAGCAGCAGCAGCAGCAGUAGCAGUAGCAGUAGCAGUAGCAGUAGCAGGGUGGAGGAUAGAACGGCAGUGGAGCAGCGGCCAUAUGAUCAGCUGUGCUGUGGAGGAGUGCUGCAGCAGAAUCCAACCCUGGGCGAGUGGCAGGUGUGCGAAGGAGCUGCAUUCUGCUCCGCCGGUCAGGAGGAGCGGCAGGAGCAGGACGACCAAGGGUUGGUCGGAGUUAGCAGGAAGGACGAAAGGGCCGGUUCAUUUAUUGCUGAUUUUAUCAGAAAUGAUUUCCUGACAAUGGUGGAUCAUCCACGGUGGAAUCUGGACACGUUUGCUGUGGAGUUGCCUUUCCUGGGUUACAUGAGUGGUAACCGCUGCGAUGUGAUGAGACCAGAGAGCGAGAUGGAUGGGACGGUGAAUCGGAGCAAGAAGAGGAACAGACGGCAGAUGAGGGAGAAGCGGAAUAGGAGGAAGGGAGUUCGUGGAGGUGGAGCAGAUGCGGGGUCUGAGCUAGGCGUUGCAGACGAAGCCAAAGCAGCAGCAAAUCUGACGGUGGCGCCUCCUUCAGCGGCAGCACUGUACAAAAAGUAUGACAUCCUUGUAAUGAACCGUGGGGCUCACUAUGCGGAGGACGACGUGUUCGUCCUGGAGCUUCGUGAGACUAUCCUUGCACUGCGCACAAAUUUCCCGGACGCCCUUAUUAUAUACCGCAACACGCCGCCGGGUCAUGCCAAUUGCACGGAAUACUGGGAGCCGAUUUCCAAACGACAAGCACCGGAGGCGUUACCUUACAAUUGGGGUGAUUUUGCAAGGCAGAAUGAAAUGGCCCGUGAGAUUGUGGAGGCAGCCGGUGCAGUGUAUCUGGACGUGGAUACGAUGACGGCUCUCAGGGCGGAUGGGCAUGUGGGGAAGAACAGGCGGUACAAGGUGGAUUGCCUGCAUUACUGCCUGCCUGGUCCCAUAGAUCUCUGGACUAAGAUGCUCUAUAAUGUGCUUUUAGAGCUGCUCUAG